AUGCAGUAUGGCCCCAGGCUGCCGUGCCCUUUCCCAACCGUCACAUCAUCCUUCUACCAUCAUGUCAGGUCUUUCCCUGACAAUGUGGCCCUCCAUGACUUGUCUGGUGCAACCACCAGGCAAAUUACAUACCGCCAGCUCGGUGCUCGGGCUCAGGCCUUGGCCGCUGAACUCCGCAGCCUGGGUGUACGCCCUCACCAGAGGGUCCCUCUCGUUGUGAAAAGGAGCGCCGAGAUGGUGGUGGGCAUUUGGGCCAUCCUCUCCUGUGGCGCCCAGUAUGUUCCUCUUGAUGGGGGCGUUGUUCCGGACUCGACUAUACGGCAUGUUUUUGAGCAGUCUGGCGGCAACAUCGUUUGCUGCCUAUCAUCGACUGUUCAUCGCAUCCGUGACCUCUGCCCCGAUGCCACUCCUGUCAUAAUCGAGCAGCAGCAGCAGCAGCAGCUGGACGACUUGACCUAUGAUGGAAAAUGGGUGGAUUUGGCCACUUCUGAUGGUGGAUGUUACAUCAUUUACACAUCCGGUACAACGGGUAAGCCCAAGGGCGUCGACGUUACACAUAGAAAUGUUGCCAAUCUUGUCUGUAUGUCUCCCGGAAACCUGGGUAUUCGACCAGGUCACCGGGUGGGACAAGUUCUGAACAUAAGUUUUGACAUGGCUGCUUGGGAAAUCUUUGCAUGCCUGUGUAACGGUGGCACCCUUGUCAUCCGGGGUUCCAAGUGGGAACCCGCUAUUGAGCUGCUGGAUACCUUGAUUUGCACACCGACUAUUCUAUCCAAGUACCCUCCUACCAAGUAUCCCAAGAUCAAAGUCGUUGCCACUGCUGGUGAACCUACUUCACAAGACCUAGCUGAUCUGUGGGCCAAGCAUGCAACAUACUGGAACAGCUGCGGCCCCACGGAGACAACCAUUGUCAACACUAUGCAGAAACACAUUGUUGGGGACAGCCUAUCUAUCGGCCGCCCUACCCCCAAUAACAACGUCUACAUCCUCGAUGACAAUGGGAGUCCUGUACCGGUAGGUGAACCCGGUACUAUGUGGGCCGGCGGAUACGGAGUGUCUCGCGGUUACGUUGGCCUUGAGGCCAAGACAAAGGAGUCUUACGUUCCAGAUCCCUUUACCAAUGAUGGAUCUAAAAUGUAUUGUACCGGUGAUUUGGGAAAGUGGCGACCUGAUGGCUCCAUUGAAAUUCUCGGUCGAGUCGACGAUCAGGUCAAAGUCAAGGGUUUCCGUGUUGAAUUGGAUGGCGUUUCUUCAUCCAUGGCCUCAGCGCCAGGUGUCACUCGUGCCUGUGCGCUCUUGAUUGAUGGAGAAAUCCAUGGGUUUGCAGUCCCUUCUACCCAAGAUGGCGAAGCCAUUCUGGAGCACACUCGCAAACUUCAACCAUACUAUGCUGUGCCAUCUAGCAUUCAUCUCCUAGAUGAGUUUCCUACCACGGCAAAUGGCAAGAUUGACAAGAAAUCUCUACGCAUGCUGGCCAUCGGACCGGCCUCUCCCACAAUCUCUGAAUCUUCAACAGUGUUCAGUUCUACCUUUCAUCCAGCUGCUCUGCCGGGAACCAAGAGUGACAAGUCUGGCUCUUUGGUCGGUCUUCGGUCCGUUUCUUCAUCUUCGACUCUAACGGCCGCCUCUGCCAAGGCGCAAGAGGAGCAGACCGAAAAGUCGCUCGAUUUGUUGAGAGAUAUUCCCGAAAAGAAGUGGCCCAAGCCAUGGAGAGGUCUCAAAAAGCGUGUUCUCAUUGUUUAUCGCGUUUUGUUCAGCCUCGUUGGUCUCAUUAACAUUGGUGUUCUCAUCGCCGUCCUGCUUCUCAACCCCAAAGUCGAAUGGCUCGCGACUAUCACUGCGGCUAAUCUGGUCACCGGUGUUCUCAUCCGCCAAGAUGUCGUCAUAAACGUUCUUUACACCAUCUCUUGCUCUGUUCCCAAGUCCUUCCCAUUCUGGAUUCGCCGCCGAUGUGCCAAAAUCUACCAUCUUGGCGGCAUCCACUCUGCUGCUGGUAUAUGCGCAACCGCGUGGCUCCUUGGCUCUACGAUCCAGGCCACAGUUGCCCGCUUUCAGCUCCAUCGACAACCAUCUGGGUACUCUUUAGCCAACCUAGUGGUCUCGUGGCUUCUCUGUGCGCUGUGUUGUCUUAUCCUUGCCUCUGCCUUACCCAUGUUUCGCAAGCCCAGUCACAACAUGUUUGAGAAGAUGCACCGCUUCAUGGGGUGGACCACGCUUGCGCUUUUCUGGGCCAAGACUGUUGUCUCCGUUUACGAUUCUACCCCAGUAGGAGAGGAUGUUGGGAUUGCACUUGUCAAGACGCCGGCGUUUUGGAUGCUCGGCGUUGCCACAUGCAGCGUUGCUUCCUCUUGGAUCUUCCUCCGCAAAGUCAAGGUCAAUGCCGAGCCGCUGUCGGAUCACGCUAUCCGUCUGCACUUUGACUACACCAUCCCUGUCAACGGCAGCUUUACACGCCUAUCCCACCGCCCACUCAUUGAGUGGCACUCCUUUGCGACGAUCCCAGCCCCUCAGGCUAACCUCGAAGAUGGUAUUGCGCCAGGUUACUCUCUCGUGGUAUCCAAUGCUGGCGAUUGGACUAAGGCGUGUAUUCAAAACCCCCCCACAAGCAUCUGGGUCCGUGGCCUUCCGACAUGCGGUGUUAUGCGCAUUGCCACAUUGUUCAAUCGUGUUGUCGUCAUUGCUACAGGAUCUGGCAUCGGUCCCAUGCUGGGCCACAUCGCGCAACCAAGCUGUCCCACUCAGCUUAUCUGGUCAGCUGCUUCGCCUGAAAAGACGUUUGGUAAGAAGAUUAUGGAUACUAUCAAGGGAACUAUUCCCGGCGCCGUCAUCCAUGAUACCCGAACCCAGGGCCGGCCCGAUCUCGUUCGCAUGGGCUACAACCUGGCCAAGGACUUUGGCGCCGAAGCCGUCAUCAUCAUUGCCAAUGAAAAGAUCACUAAAAAGGUGGUAUAUGGACUAGAGACCAGGGGUAUCCCGGCCUAUGGUGCCAUUUGGGACAGUUGA